AAACUCUCGCUUUUCCUAUAAAACAUAUAACCCCUACUUUUUCUAUAUCAAAUCUAUCUCUCUAUCGUUACAAUUUUCGCAUUCAUAUAUUUUCUCCCUCAAUUAUCUCUCUAUCGUCAAAACCCUUUCAAUUAUGUCUGCCAAAACCAUUCUUGUUACCGGCGGUGCCGGCUACAUCGGCACCCACACCGUUCUCCAGCUUCUUCUCGCCGGUUACAAAGUCGUCGUCGUAGAUAAUCUCGAUAAUUCUUCCGCCAAAUCCAUCGACAGAGUCAAGACUCUCGCCGGUGCUUUCGCCGGUAACCUAUCAUUUCAUAAGUUAGACCUGCGGAACCGAGAUGGAUUGGAGAAGAUUUUUUCUUCCACAAACUUUGAUGCGGUCAUACAUUUUGCUGGCCUAAAGGCAGUAGGUGAAAGUGUGCGGAAACCAAUGGUCUACUAUAACAACAACUUGAUUGGGACAAUUGUUCUAUUUGAAGUCAUGGCCGCCCAUGGAUGCAAGAAGCUUGUGUUCUCCUCUUCAGCCACUGUAUAUGGUUGGCCAAAAAAAGUCCCUUGUACCGAAGAGUUCCCUUUAUCAGCUGUAAACCCAUAUGGGCGAACCAAGCUUUAUGUCGAAGAAAUUUGUCGUGAUAUCUACCAUGCAGAUUCAGAAUGGAAAAUAACACUCUUGAGAUACUUCAACCCAGUUGGUGCUCAUCCUAGUGGUCACAUUGGUGAGGAUCCUCGCGGAAUUCCUAACAACCUCAUGCCUUUUGUUCAGCAAGUUGCAGUUGGCAGACGCCCCGCAUUGACAGUUUUUGGAACAGAUUAUAGUACAAGUGAUGGAACUGGAGUUCGUGAUUAUAUUCAUGUUGUUGAUUUAGCAGAUGGGCACAUUGCUGCAUUGCGUAAACUAGACGAUCCUAAAACAGGUUGUGAGGUUUUCAACUUGGGAACAGGAAAGGGAACAUCAGUCUUCGAGAUGGUUACAGCUUUUGAAAAGGCCUCUGGAAAGAAAAUUCCAAUAGUAAAAGCUGGUAGGAGACCUGGAGAUGCCGAAACUGUUUAUGGGUCAACAUCAAAAGCAGAAAAAGAACUUAACUGGAAAGCUAAAUAUGGCAUCGAUGAUAUGUGCCGUGAUCAAUGGAAUUGGGCUAGCAAAAACCCUUAUGGCUAUGGUGACUCUACAAAAUGAAGAUUCUUUCAAAUCAAUCCAUUUGACAUUGAUCAUUUAUUUAUAUUCAUACAAAAUAAGUACUACUACAAGUUUAGUUUUCUCUAGAGUUUUUCUUGAGCGAUUCUAAGAUGGAAAUAACUUUUGUAAUUAUGAAUUUUAAUUAUAAUUAUGAGGCAAAUAAGUAGUAGUAGUACUACUAUAAGUAAUGAUUCUUUAGGUUCCAAUUUACAUGUUAUCAAAUGGAUUAUCUCAUCUUAGAGCUAGAUGACUUACAGAUAUAAUUUUACUUUACUUCAUA